AUGCCUGACCUGGAGUUGAUUUGCUUGCCAGGCUCCCCUUGGACAGCCAAAGUGCUGUGGAUCCUUGAUGCAGCUUCCAUUGAUGUGAGCAAGCGUCCGUUCGAGCCUUUUGUUGAUGAGAUCUGGCUACGUUACAAGCUUGGUUUGUGGCCAUGGCAUGGGCGAUUCUGGUCCAGGAUGACUGUCCCAAUUGGAAUCGUGAACCCAACCAGCAUCGCUAGCACGGGGAGUGGUAAGGCAGAGGUGAUGAUGGAGUCUUUUGAUAUUGCAGAGUGGGCAUUGAAUCGUUCUGCAGUAGUAGAAAAGCCAACCGAUGCAACGCUUUCGAAACUUCGCUACUGGAACGAUCUGAGCGACGUGAUCCUGCGUUAUGGCCGUGCUUUCUUUGUGGAUGCGGCCAAGCGCGACGUCCGCGUGGCCAUUGAGGUCUUAUCCCCACCCUGGAUGAAGAAGUUGCCGUACAUCAUCACCAAGCCAUUGAUGUAUGUUGCUCUUCGGGUCUUCGCUUUCAAAUAUCGGCGCGAAAACGCAGACAGCAGCUUGGAAAGCGUACUUCAAGCAGUUCGGAAGAUUCGGGCCGCGCUGAAGGAGGGAAAGGGGAAGUACUUGAUGAAUGACAGGCUCUCAUACGCAGACAUGGUGAUCGCCAUUGCUCUAGAUUUCCUUGUGCCAAGCGAUGGCGUCCUGCUCUUCUCCAUACCAAAGAAGUAUCGUGCUGAUGCUGAUGAUCCUCUGCGGGAGUUUGAAGACGUGAAAGCCUGGAAGCUACAGAUGUUUGAGCACCUUCCGGCUUGUCUCAGGGUGUCCACUUAG